UACGUCGCGUUUAGGUUAUUUUCAGCGAAUGGAAAUUAAUUUUUCUCUAAAUAAUAAGAAGAUAGAUCACUGUGAAAAUGAAGAUUUAUACAAACGAUAAUAAUACGGCGACCCUGAAAUUGCUAAUAGCGGCGAACUUAGCUGAGAAAAAGUUAGAAUUACAGAAAGCUUCAUUCGAAGACUAUUUCGCAGGGCCAAAGUCGCUACCACUGCUGGAAGUGGACGAGGAGCUGACGUUCUUCUCAAGUAAUGCAGCGGCACAGUAUCUGUUUCCGGUGCUUGAUCUAUCCGCGAAUGGGCAAUGUCAGCAAAUGCAAGAAUGGGAGGCGACUCGUCUCCAGCCAGCCAUUGCUACAAUAUUAACGGCUAAAACCGUAUCCUCUGAUGUUAAGGAAGUGACGCAAUCAUUAUUACGCAUGGUCGAUGGGUUGUUGAGUAAACACAAGUAUAUUAUUGGGGAAAAGUUAUCAGCCGCUGACAUUUCAAUAUGGAGUACUUUAUACCCAUUAAUAUACAGCCCAGAGAAUAAGCAAAGUUAUUUGAGUGAAUGCAACAAUAUAUUGAGAUGGGCGGACGAGUUAAAUAGUGCUAAGGCUUUUAAGGAAGCAGUUAAACAAUGGGGUGGUACAGUAAAUGGUCCGUUUAGUCCCACAUCAGCGUUGGGUGUACCACAAAUGAAUAACGUAUCCACACCAGCAGGGUCACCCGACGAUUCAGUACAAAUAGGAGUGACGCCGGAAGAAUUAGCUCUAGCGCAAGAGAAUUGGUUGAACGGUUUGAAAAAUCUACAGCCGCCGUUGAAACAAGAGAAAAUUGUGUUACCAGUAAAAGGGCGUAAGAACGUUUUAAUAACUUCAGCAUUGCCAUAUGUGAAUAAUAUACCACAUUUGGGUAAUAUUAUUGGUUGUGUCCUGUCGGCUGAUAUUUUUGCUAGGUAUUGCCGUUUAUGCGACUACAACACACUGUAUAUAAGCGGUACAGACGAAUACGGGACAGCGACAGAAACUAAAGCUAUAGAAGAAGGUCUAACCCCGCGUCAGAUUUGCGACAAAUACUAUGAGAUUCACAAUAGUGUGUAUCGCUGGUUUGAUAUCGGUUUUGAUUAUUUCGGAAGGACGAGUACGCAGGAACAGACUGAGAUAGUACAAAAGCAGUUUAUGAAACUGCUAGACAACGGUUUCAUGAGCACGCAGUCAGUGGAACAGCUGUUCUGCGAGAAAUGCGAGAGAUUCCUGGCUGAUAGAUUCGUGGAAGGCACAUGUCCGCACCCGGGAUGUCUCUACGACAGUGCUCGUGGUGAUCAAUGUGAUAAGUGCGGCAAAUUGAUAAACGCUAUAGACCUGAUACAGCCGAGGUGUAAAGUUUGCGCGCAUUCGCCGAGCGUGAAACCGAGCGAACAGCUGUUCAUUGAGUUGGGGCAGCUAGAACCGUCAAUACGUACCUGGGUGUCUUCCACGGAGUCCGGGUGGUCAGCCCCCGCUCGGGCGGUGACGAGGGCCUGGUUAAGAGAGGGGCUUCGCCCCCGGGCCGUUACAAGGGAUCUGAAGUGGGGCGUGCCUGUGCCCUUGCCACAGUAUAAACAUAAGGUAUUCUACGUGUGGUUCGAUGCGCCCAUAGGCUACACCAGUAUAACGCAAUGUGCAACUAAACAGUAUGAAAAAUGGUGGAAACCGGAAAAGGAAUACGAUGUGAAACUAUACCAAUUUAUGGCGAAAGACAACGUUCCGUUCCACGCUAUAAUGUUCCCGGCGAGUGCUAUAGGAGCUAACGAUGGAACGAAACUAGUUGAUUAUAUAUUCGCUACUGAAUAUUUGAAUUACGAAGAAGGCAAAUUCUCCAAAUCUCGCGGUGUCGGUGUAUUUGGUACAGAUGCACAGGAUACAGGUAUACCAUCUGACGUAUGGCGUUUCUACCUCGCCAGCAUUCGUCCAGAAACGUCAGAUUCUAGUUUCAAUUGGACUGAGCUUGUUACACGCAACAAUUCAGAACUGCUGAACAACCUGGGUAACUUCUGUCACCGUUCCCUAAGUUUCUGUGUGAAUUCGUUCAACGGAAGAAUACCUGAAGCGAAGUUGAACAGUUCGGACUAUGAGCUCUUCGCGUUGGUCAAUAGGGAGGUUGUUGCGUAUGUCCAAAAUAUGGAACGUGGUAGACUGCGCGAAGCCCUACGCCAUGUAUUAAGUGUUUCGAGACUUGGCAACCAGCACAUGCAGAGCGAACAGCCCUGGGUACUGCUUAAAGGGAGCGAGGAAGAUAAAAUCCGCGCCGCAACAGCGAUAUCCGUGUGUUGCCAGCUUGUAGCAUUACUGUGUGCGCUGGCAACCCCGUACAUGCCGCACACGGGCCGCAGACUGCUCGCGCAAUUGAACGCUGGCAACACUUGUUUGAGGAUCAACCCUACGAAUCCAUCGCUAAUCCAAUACUUACCAGUCGGCCAUGUUAUCGGAAAACCGGAGCCGCUUUUCGCGAAAAUAUCCCCAGAAUUGGCGGACACUUUACGAGAGAAGUACAAGGGCACACAGACGGAAAGAGCUCAGCAAAACGGUGAAGCAGCGAAAACGUCAAGUGCAUCUAAUGUGGCUGAAUUGGAAAAAGCUAUCGCGGCUCAAGGCGAAAAAGUGCGCCAACUGAAAGCGUCGACAAAAGACAAAUCAGUGUGGCAACCCGAAGUGAAUAAACUAUUGGAACUAAAGAAACAACUGACACUUGCGCAAGCAACGCCGCAGGGCAACACUGUGCAAGGCGGUGGUGAUGAUGUUGCUAGCAUUGAAAAAGCUAUCGCUGAACAGGGCGAUAAAGUUCGACAACUUAAAGCGUCAACAAAAGACAAAGCAGUGUGGCAACCCGAAGUGAAUAAAUUGCUAGAGUUGAAAAAGAAGUUGGCUAACGCGCAGGCGAAUCAGGCAACACCGGCCAGUGACAGCGGGGAUAGUGUUGCCAGCUUGGAGAAGGCUAUUGCUGAACAGGGUGACAAGGUGCGAAAAUUAAAAGCGUCGACCAAAGACAAGUCGGUCUGGCAACCGGAAGUCAAUGUGUUGCUAGAUCUAAAGAAACGUCUUGCCGCAGCGCAGAGUAAAUAAAUGUCAAAUAAAGAUUAAAAAGACCGUGUCAGAAGUGAAACU